AAUCAUAUUUUUUGAUUGUUGUUGGGCCGUGGGGGAAAGGUUAGCGAAAUGUUUCCCUCCGCAUUGGCAAGCAAGUCAAUUCAUCCAAUGCCGAACUCUUUGCCUUCACAAAGUCCCAAUGAAUUAGCCCCUCAAUUCGACGUGUCUCCCUUUACUACUCCUGCUACUUCUGCCACCCUAAUAAUCACCCACCCACCCACCACUUAAACAUUAG